UGCUCAGGACAACGAGCGAUGCUCAUAUUGCGACGAACCGUUCGCGUACGGGCGAAUGGUUUAUCGGAUUAUAAAGGUCUAGCAAGGCAAACAUCAUGUCUUCAUAGCUCAACAGUAUCCCGGAAACAGGCCGAGAAGACCAGAGCACCAGAGAACACGUCGGAUCCUCGCAUCACGAACGUCGAAGACCAGAAGAAAUCCAUCAAUGAUGAGAAAGGCGAGAUCAUAGAAGAUGAAUUCGCAGUUUUGAGGACGAGUUACGAUGCACCGAAGCAUCCCAUCAUCCUAGCACAUGGACUUCUUGGCUUCGAUGAACUUCGACCACUUGGUCACGCGAUACCGAUUCGCGGAAUAGAAUAUUGGUACGGCAUCAAAGAGGCUUUGGCGGCGAAGAAUGUCGAAGUCAUCACCGCUUCUGUGCCACCUUCUGGUAGGAUCGAAGUUCGGGCGCAGAGACUUGCGGAGUCGAUUGAGAGACAGGCGGGCGGGAAAGCAGUUAAUAUAAUAGCCGGCCUCGACGCUCGACACAUGGUCUCACGACUCAAACCAGCAAACGUCAAAGUUCUCUCUCUAACCACAGUCGCAACCCCUCACCGCGGUUCCUCCUUCGCAGACUACAUGUUCGAACGAAUAGGCUACACGAACGUCCCGAAACUCUACAAAGUGCUCGAAUUCUUCGGCAUGGAGACCGGUGCCUUCCGACAACUAACACUAAAGUACAUGGCUGAGUCUUUCAACCCGCGCACGCCAGAUCUCGAAGGCGUGAAAUACUACUCCUAUGGUGCUGCGUUCCAGCCACACUUCACUUCAGUGUUCAGGAAAUCACACAACGUGAUUGAGCCAGUUGAAGGCCAGAAUGACGGGAUGGUCUCUGUUGAGUCUAGCAAAUGGGGGACGUAUAAAGGGACUCUGAACCAUGUCAGUCAUUUGGACUUGAUCAAUUGGACAAAUCGGCUGAGGUGGUAUUUCUGGCAAUUGACAGGAAAGAAGAAGAAAAACUUCAACGCGAUUGCGUUCUACCUGAGCAUUGCAGAUAUGCUCGCAAAGGAGGGACUCUGAAGCUUUGAGGCAGAGUCGAGGCUUUUUGUAAGAUACGCCGCGAUGCGGCAGGAGGUAGAGUAGAGUUGUCUUCAAGUAUCCGCGAGCCGGACGCGCAGGGGCAAUGGGUCCACGACAAGAACCUAGAAAGUCAGUGUAACAGUCGUACAUAAAAAGCUACAUGAAUUGCAAUUGCACCAUAAUUCC